AUGCCGGUUACAUCAUCAGCCGCUCCUAAACCGCGGAAGCCGCGUCCCUCCAGAGCAAGGGGAUUGAGGACAACGACCGGUUGCCUGACCUGCAGAUCGCGUCGCAUCAAAUGUGACGAGCAGAGACCACGCUGCGCAACAUGUAUCAAGUCAGACAGAGAAUGUCGAUAUGCGUCGCCCAACGAUGCUUCAACAAGCACAGCACCCAACGGGCCGACGCCAUCGGCGCAAGCAAUGCCAUCGCCGGCACUAGCCAGGAAGUCGAUCACAAGUGACACUCCGUUCAGCAAUUCGCCAGAAUUGCAAUUCGAUUCACCCUUGACGACUGGAAGCGUUGCUUCCAUGCCAUCGCCAAACUCAGCUCCCUACGAAUGGUACGACUUGCUUGCCGAGGAUGCAAUCCAGAAUGUUGCAAAGUACAACCUGAAUCUGGAAGUCGAGAAGCCACGCCCGUCGCAGAGGGAAAGCCCUGAACGAGAUGAUUCAGCUUUUGAUCCCCAAUUACGAUCACCAGACCAAGACAACGACGCACACUUAGGACUGCCCCCAAUUCUACAGGACCAAUGGAAUUUGAUUGACACAAUUCCUUUGACUGACGAUGAGCUGGUGCUGUUCCAACAUUAUGUCGGGGUAGUGGGUCCGAUAUUGGAUCUUUGCGACCCUACGCGGCAAUUCUCGACAUCUGUGCCUCGUUUAGCUGUGCACAACCUGGGCCUACUGAAAUCACUCCUGGCAGUUGCAGCACGCCACAUGGCUGGACUCAAUCAAUUUCCGUUCCUACAGACCGGUAGCGAACCUCAGAUAAUGAAUCCUCUUCUCAACGUUGCGACGCAGUACUACUACGAGACUCUUCACUACCUGUCCCAGAAUCUCAACCAGGGCAGCUACUCUAAGUCUCGGGAAAUCAUCUCGACUGCACUGCUGAUCAGCACCUAUGAGAUGUUUGAUGCUGAAGGCCAGUACAACAACGGCGCAUGGGAACGUCAUCUGCGUGGUAUCUUUUGGAUCCAGCGAUCCCAGAACAACAAUGGUGAAUGCAGAGAUCCGCUUCGACGAGCAGCAUGGUGGGCUUGGAUCCGACAGGACACUUGGGUUGCAUUUCGAGAAGGCCGUAGAGUACUAACUAUCUGGAGACCGCUGCGACGUCUCGAUGACUUGACGCCGGAUGAGCUCUGUCUAAGAAUCAUCUAUAUUUGUGGACGCUGCGUCGAUUUCGCAGCCACCGAGUCUGUGAAAAAAUACGACGUAGACACCCGGAUCGAACAGGGCAAGAAGCUUACCCAAGCACUGAACGACUGGUACAAUAUCUUGGGAUCAUCAUUCCAGCCGAUAUAUAGACCUGCACUACCAGCGCAAGACACCCUCUUCCCGCCGAUAUGGAUACAUCCUCCAUCGCACGCGGCGGCGAUGCAGACAUAUCACGUCUCGCGUAUCAUCGUUGCCAUCAAUGAGCCCUCGCCGGGUGGCAUGGAAGACAUGCGCCAUCGACAGCGUCUACUCGAUGAAAGCGUUGAUACUGUAUGCGGAAUAGCCAGCACUCAUCAGGGCAGAGAGAUACCAAGUGCCAUGUCCAAUGUGAGGGCACUGUAUACAGCUGGUCUCGCGGCACGGGAUCCUGUAAAGCAAGCGGGCAUUCUCCAGCUGCUGGAAGAGACACUAGAGGUCACAAAGUUCCCCCCAAGAAGUCUCGUGCACGAUCUUACAACACAUUGGCGAGCACAGCAAUAA